UGCUUCCUUCUACGUGGUUCGAGCAUGUGUCCAUGCUGGUCAUCCUCCUCAACUGCGUCACCCUGGGGAUGUUCCAGCCCUGCGAAGACGUGGCCUGCCUGUCCGAGUGGUGUCGUAUACUCCAGGUUUUGGAUGACUGUAUAUUUGCCUUCUUUGCGGUGGAAAUGAUCAUCAAGAUGGUGGCCCUGGGGAUUUUUGGCAGCAAUUGUUACCUUGGCGACAAGUGGAACCAGCUGGACUUUGUCAUCGUCAUGGCGGGGGUGUUGGAGUACUCGCUGGAUGGACAGAAUGCCAGCUUCUCAGCCAUCCGCACAGUCCGAGUUCUCCGGCCUCUGCGGGCCAUCAACAGAGUACCAAGUAUGAGAAUCUUGGUGACGCUGCUGUUGGACACGCUUCCAAUGCUGGGAAAUGUCCUCCUCCUCUGCUUCUUUGUUUUUUUCAUCUUCGGGAUUGUUGGAGUGCAGCUGUGGGCGGGGCUACUGAGAAACCGCUGUUUUCUCGGAGAGGACAUCAGGAAAAUAUACAACCUGUCCAUCAGUCCCUACUACAUGUCGGAGGACGGCGAGGACAGCCCCUUCAUCUGCUCGGCAGCUCGCGAGAACGGGAUGCUGCGGUGCCACGACGUCCCGCCCUCCGCGGAGGCCAAGGUCGAGUGUUCGCUGCCGGCGUCUCGGCAGAGUCCGCCCCCUGCUGUGGGAGGGGGCAGCGUCAAUGGGUGUGUUAAUUGGAACCAGUAUUACAACGUGUGUCGCCCGGGGGACUUCAACCCGCACAAAGGAGCCGUCAACUUUGACAACAUCGGAUAUGCUUGGAUCGCUAUUUUCCAGGUCAUCACGCUGGAAGGAUGGGUGGAUAUCAUGUACUAUGUCAUGGAUGCUCAUUCCUUCUACAAUUUUGUAUAUUUUAUACUGCUCAUUAUUGUGGGCUCCUUCUUCAUGAUCAACUUGUGCCUGGUGGUCAUCGCCACCCAGUUCUCUGAGACCAAGCAGCGCGAGAACGCCCUGAUGCGGGAGCAGCGCGCUCGCUACAUGUCCAACGACUCCACGCUGGCCAGCUACAGCGAGCCGGGCUCGUGCUACGAGGAGAUGCUGCGCUACAUCAGUCACCUGUAUCGCAAGCUCACGCGCCGGCUGCAGAGGGUGUACUCCAGCUGGCACAGUAAACGUCGUAAAAAGGUGAACCCUAACGGCAAUGGCGGAGGCGGUACCGCUGGAGGUAACGGACACGGCCCCGGCUCCAGCAGAGGCCCAGGUAGCGCUCGGUGGUUGAGACCCAUCCACAACCUGUUGCAACACCAUCAGCACCACCACUGCCGGCUCACCAACGGCGGCCAGCACGCCAUGGGCACCACUAGCGCCGAAUACUCGGGAGGAGAAGGAGUCGCCGGAGGAGCGGAGGAGCUGGAGAUGAAGUCGCUCCCUGUCGGUCAAAGGAGUUCUAACGGGAACAGCGGCGGUCAGUCGGUGGUCAGCCAAGGCAUGGGGGCCUUGCUGAGGAGACUGAACGGUGGCAUGAACUACCCCACCAUCCUGCCGUCCUUCGUCUGCAGCUACAGCAGCAAGACGCCGCCGCCUCACUCCCAGCAGGGGGAGCACAGUCCGGAGCCGCAUCCGCCGAACCACCCCGCUUCGGAACACGCUGACAAACUGACCCAGCUCUACCAGCUCGUAGGACAACACAGUCACCAGAGUGUGCUGUACCAGCUGGCGGGUGUGGUGCCCAGUCCUCUGCUCCUGGAGCUGCUGGGCUGCCCCCUGUGUGCCCGCAGCCUGGAGACCUUGGAGCUGGAGCUGGGGGACCUGGAGGGCGGCAAGGGAGAGGCUGAUGGACUGUACGACUUCCCCCAGGGGGGAGACCUGAGAUGCGGGCGAGGUCGCGGCAGACGGCGAGCGGCCGGAGAGUACAAGAACGGAGUCCUUCGGGCUUGGAUGAACUUCAGGGAGAGACUGAAGCGGAUCGUGGAGAGCAAAUACUUCAACAGAGGGAUCAUGAUCGCCAUCCUGGUGAACACUCUCAGCAUGGGGAUAGAGUACCAUCAGCAGCCAGAGGAGUUGACGGACGUGCUGGAGAUCAGCAACAUCGUCUUCACCAGUAUGUUCGUCUUGGAGAUGGGCUUCAUGCUGCUGGCGUUCGGCCUGUUUGGAUACAUCAAGAACCCUUACAACAUCUUUGACAGCAUCAUCGUCAUAAUCAGCGUGUGGGAGAUCAUCGGUCAAAACAAUGGCGGGCUGUCGGUCCUGCGUACGUUCCGUCUCCUUCGGGUGCUGAAGCUGGUCCGCUUCCUUCCCGCCCUGAGGAGACAACUGGUGGUCCUGAUGAAGACCAUGGACAACGUGGCAACCUUCUGCAUGCUGCUGAUGCUUUUCAUCUUCACCUUCAGCAUACUGGGCAUGCAUCUGUUUGGCUGCAAGUUCAGCAUCCAGACAGAAAACGGAGACACCAUCCCUGACCGCAAGAACUUUGACACUCUUCUAUGGGCCAUCGUCACCGUGUUUCAGAUUCUCACCCAGGAAGACUGGAACGUGGUGUUGUACAACGGCAUGGCUUCCACCUCGCCGUGGGCCGCCCUCUACUUUGUCGCCCUGAUGACGUUCGGAAACUACGUGCUUUUCAACUUGCUGGUGGCCAUCUUGGUCGAAGGCUUUCAGGCUGAGGGUGACGCAAAUCGCUCCGAGUCAGACGAUGAGAAGAAGUCUGACAACUUUGAGGAUGACGAGAAGGUGGAGCAGCUCAGAGACAAUGAGUUGAAGAUGUACACCCUGAUGAUGACGGCCAACGGUCACGUCGACCCUCGCGGUUCCAUGGCUCCUCCCAUCAUCAUGCGAACAGCGGCCACACCCAUGCCAACCCCGAAGAGCUCUCUGGGCCCAGAGUCCUACAUGGAGGACGAGGUGAUGGCUCGAGAGGGAGUGCUGCCGUACGGAGAGAUUGGAAUUUCCGAAGCGGGGAGCGUCCACAUGGAGUCUCGUCGCGGAAGCACCACGUCCGUGGAUGCCUUAGCGUGUGAUCAGCGAUCUCUGAGCCUUUCCAGCCCGGGCCGCCGCUCCCCUCUCCCUCUUCUUGGGUCCAGCUCGUGGGGAAGCCGCCGCUCCAGCUGGAACAGCCUGGGGAGAGCGCCGAGCCUCAAAAGACGAGACACCACGGGGGAAAGGGAGAGCCUCCUGUCUGGAGAGCGGGGAGAGGAGGAAGACGACGUGGACGGCAGGGAGGACGACGGGGGUUACGACAACAGACUCCGGCCCGGCUCCUUGGAGCAGCUGCAGGCGCCCACUCUCUGCCCGUCCAUCGUGGCCCAAUAUGGCGACUGCAACGGAAGGAGCUUGACCUACGACACCGGCGCUAACGCUGAAUCGAAGGAGGACUCCUUGCCUGAAGAUGACAUGGAUGAUGAUAGUUCUGUCUUCUACAUAAUCAAGAAGCACCUUCUCAGCAUGAAGCCUCGCUGGUGCAUAGACCAUGAAGACUGGACGUUGUACUUGUUCUCACCAGAUAACUCAUUCCGAGUGUGGUGCCAAAGUGUGAGCUCUCACAAAAUGUUCGACCACGUGGUUUUGGUUUUCAUCUUCCUCAACUGCAUCACGAUCGCUCUGGAAAGACCGAAUAUAAAGGCCGAUAGCACGGAGCGAGUAUUUCUUCGAGUGUCCAACUAUGUUUUCACUGUGAUCUUCCUAGCAGAGAUGACCAUAAAGGUGGUUGCACUCGGGUUCUGCUUCGGGAAGCAGACCUAUCUCCAGUCCAGCUGGAACGUUCUGGAUGGUGUGUUGGUGUUUGUGUCUAUGGUGGACAUUCUUGUUUCUCUGGCUUAUUCUGGUGGCAACCGGAUCCUGGGCAUCCUCAGGGUCUUAAGACUGCUUCGCACACUACGCCCACUCAGGGUGAUCAGUCGAGCGCCCGGACUGAAAUUAGUUGUGGAGACUCUUAUCACUUCUCUUCGACCCAUCGGCAACAUUGUCCUCAUCUGCUGCGCCUUCUUCAUCGUGUUUGGUAUCUUGGGAGUGCAGUUAUUCAAAGGGAAGUUCUUCCACUGUGAAGGUCUGGACACCAAAAACAUCACCAACAAGUCGGACUGCCUGCACGCCAACUACAGCUGGAUACGAAGGAAGUACAAUUUUGACAACCUGGUCCAGGCACUGAUGUCUUUGUUUGUGCUGUCCUGCAAGGACGGCUGGGUCAACAUCAUGUACGAUGGCCUGGACGCAGUAGGAGUGGACCAACAGCCCGUGAGGAACCACAACCCUUGGAUGUUGCUCUACUUCAUCUCCUUCCUGCUCAUCGUCAGCUUCUUCGUCCUCAACAUGUUCGUCGGCGUGGUGGUGGAGAAUUUCCACAAGUGCCGCCAGGACCAAGAGGAGGAGGAGGCUCGCCUGCGGGAGGAGAAGAGGCUGAAGAUCAUAGAAAAAAAGCGCAGGAGUAAGGCCAAUGAAGGGACCGAGGCUAAGCAGAGGCCGUACUACGCCGAUUACUGCGCACCGCGUCUGACUAUCCACACGCUGUGCACAAGCCACUACCUGGACCUCUUCAUCACCUUCAUCAUCUGCAUCAACGUGUUCACCAUGAGCAUCGAGCAUUACAAUCAGCCGCAGUAUCUGGAGGAGGUUCUGAAGUACUGUAACUACGUCUUUACCUUCAUCUUCGUCAUCGAGGCCCUGCUUAAGCUCGUGGCUUUUGGGAUUCAGCGGUUCUUCAAAGACAGGUGGAACCAGCUGGACAUCGCCAUCGUGGCCUUGUCCAUCAUGGGCAUCAUUCUGGAGGAGCUGAAGAUGAGUGCAGCUCUUCCCAUAAAUCCCACCAUCAUCCGAAUUAUGAGAGUGCUCAGGAUAGCGCGAGUGCUCAAACUCCUGAAGAUGGCCACAGGCAUGAGGUCUCUGCUGGACACUGUUAUGCAAGCGCUGCCACAGGUGGGGAAUCUUGGCCUUCUCUUCAUGCUGCUCUUCUUCAUCUAUGCCGCACUGGGAGUGGAGCUCUUCGGCAGGCUCGAGUGCAACGACAACAACCCCUGCGAGGGCCUGAGUCGCCACGCCACCUUUGAAAAUUUCGGGAUGGCCUUCCUCACAUUGUUUCGAGUGUCCACUGGAGACAACUGGAACGGGAUUAUGAAAGACACACUGAGAGACUGUCGUCCAGAGGACGGCCAGUGUCUGACCUACCUGCCUCUGGUGUCCCCUAUUUACUUUGUCACCUUUGUGCUCAUGGCCCAGUUUGUGCUGGUUAAUGUGGUGGUGGCUGUGCUGAUGAAGCACCUGGAAGAAAGCAACAAGGAGGCCAAAGAGGACGCGGAGAUGGAUGCAGAAAUUGCCAUGGAAAUGGCGAUGGAGCAGCAGCGCAGGUUAAGCACCGCCUCCAGCAGCAGCUCGGGGGCGGGGACCUUUGAUGGUCCAUGUCCACAAUCACCUGGCCAGGAGGUAGCGGUGCAGUGCAGUGAUGAGGACGCCCAGCAGGUGUCAGAGAAGAUGUCCGUGUCCAGGAUGCACUCCCUGCCCAACGACAGCUACAUGUUCCGCCCCGUGCGGCCCGCCAGCGCUCCUUUCCCUCUGCAGGAAGUGGAUGUCGGCGCUCACGACCAGCAUUCAGUGCGACUUAUACCCCGGAGCGACUUAUACUCCGAAAAAUACGGCUCGCUGACGUCAGUCCGCUCCCAGCCGUGUGAGACCCGCGCUCUGCUGCAGGUCCCCGACCUUUCCCCCGUCCGGCCCCGCCUCCUCACCUCCGUCAACCUGCCCCGCCUGGCCCCGCCCACGCCUGGACCCUCCCCUCGGGCCCUGCGCAGACAGGUGGCGGUGAAAGUGGAUUCUGUGGAAGUCCAAAGUUGCGAGCAACACGAGCGGCCCGUCCAUCUCCCACCGCCGUCGCCUUCACCGCUCCUCCCUCUCAAUCCUUCUCCUCUCCCUCCUUCAAACCCCUCCCCUGUUCCCUUGCCUCCUCCGCCGCCAUCGCCCUUGCUUCUGCUGCCGCCGCCCCGCUCCCCGCGCCUCCUGCUCCGCACCGGCAGCCUCCACAGGCCGAGGCCGUCCUCUGCCGCCUCUCUCGUCGACCCGGUCGAUGAGGAGGUGUGUCACAUCACCAGCUUGGCCCGCCGCCGGCAGUACGGCGAUGCCGGCGACAGGGAGGACAUCCGGGGGAAGGCGCCGCGUAGCCACUCCCUUUCUCCUUACACCGACUCCACUUCCUCGCCUGUUGCCUCCACCGGGCUUUUGGAGGCGGACCAAAAGGACCUGGACUUCCGGAAAGGCUUCAGCGUGGACACCAGGCGCGAGCCCUCACUGUUGUCCGCUGUUUACUCGGACGAGCAUCGGCGCCACUCCAUCGAGGUGUGCCUGCCUCAAGACAAACACCUUAAAGUCGACAAACCCCACAAGGAGAAGGGAACAUUCCCUAUGAGGGUGCAGUCGGUUGGAGGUGGACACCGCAAGAAGAAGACGAGUCCUCCUUGCAUUUCCAUUCAUCCUCCUUCCGAGCGGGAGCAUCCGCCCUCGCCGCCAAAACUGGCCGACUGCAGCAUGAUGCUGAGACGACGGACGCCAUCUUACGACCUGAGCGCACACACCCAAGAGAGUUCGACAGACCUGCAGCCGCCCUCGCCGGUGCACCGAGUGCUCGUACCGCACUCCCUAACGCCCUCACCGGCGUCCACGCCCACACGCAUGCACACCCCUCCAUACCCGUCCACACCCAUGCACCCGCCCAUCCCCAUCAGUCCGAAUAUCUUCAUCCAGCCGCACGCCCCUCUCCUCCCGACGCCUUUCUCCCAGACCCGCCACCUACCGCCGGGCGCCAGGCACGCCUCUCUCGCCAGAGAAUGCAUCCCCCUCCCCCAAUUCACCUUCGACCAACCGCAGUCCAGAUACCUGUCGGACAACGACCCCGCCACGUGCGCUUCGCCGUUUGACAGCAGACUGGGAAGCGGCGCCGGAUUCAGCGCCAAGAACCGGCGAACCGCCCAGUGAGCAUCAGGAACAGGAAGGGAAUUCCAAAAUGGAGUCAAAACCGAACUCUGGGAAGAGUUUCCAGCGAGCAAACUCUUUUGUCUUUCUGGAAGUUUGCGGAUCACAGACCUCAGACACAACAGACAUCGUCCAAUCCCGCAGUGGAUCCGCCGUCUGGAUCCAGAUCCACAGAGGUGGUGCCCCAACAGUUCCCAACGUACAUGUCAUGUUCGGGACUAUCCAGGACUAAAGCCACCUAACUCUGUAGCCAAAGUUUUUUUGACCCACCCACGCGAGCCAAUCAGGAAGCAGCGUCUGGCUGACAACCUCCAAACCUUCUACAGGAAGCGGUUUGUGAAGCGCGAGUGUGGGGCGGGACUACGGGAUAUGCAACUUCAGGUUUUCUACAGAAGUUCUGCUUACCCUCUCCUCUGCUCCUCGAUCACAUUGAUCCCAGCAGAUUUACGCCUGUUACUUCCCGUGUGUGCGCGUUUCUACGUUUUCCGACGCAAAAAUCUGUAAAAUUUACGGUAAAAAACUGGAGGCACAGUCCGCAGAAUUUUGACAUGCAAGUUUUUUUUACAGUGAGUUACUGUAAAUAGAAAAACGGUACCACUAUUUUUACGGUCAGAAUCUCGUUACUGAGCUGCCAAUAUUUUAGCGUAAUGUUUUUUUCCCCCCAUUUGCAGUAAUGCAAUGUAAAACAGAUCGUAGAUUUUCCGAUGUACUGGCAGCUUAGUAAAUAAAAUAAAUAAAUGAUACAUGGGUUAUACUUGUAUAGCGCUUUUCUACCUUCAAGGUACUCAAAGCGCUUUGACAGUACUUCCACAUUCACCCAUUCACACACACAUUCACACACUGAUGGCGGGAGCUGCCAUGCAAGGCGCUAACCAGCACCCAUCAGGAGCAAGAGUGAAGUGUCUUGCCCAAGGACACAACGGACGUGACUAGGAUGGUAGAAGGUGGGGAUUGAACCCCAGUAACCAGCAACCCUCCGAUUGCUGGCACGGCCACACAGUCACAAUUUUACUGUAAAAAUUUAAAUUUACACACUAAAAAAUGAGUUGCGAAUGUUGGGUUAAAUUUUGGAGUUAUUAUUAUGAAGAGCAAUCAAUUUUUUGGGUUAUAAGGGUUUUAUUUUAACUCAAUUUCUGGGUUGCGCAAUGUUGGGUUUGGAAUAACCCAACAUUGGAGUGAGCAUAACUCAGCUUUUGUGUUCAAAAUAAAUUCAACCCAAUAGUUGAGUUAUGAAUCAACCAACAUUGAGUUAGCAUAACCCAACUUUUGGGUUAAAGAAUUCAACCCAAUAGUUUGGUUGGGAAUAACCCAACAUUAAGUUAUCAUAACUCCACUUUUUGGUUAAAUAAUUCAACGCAAACGUUGAAAAAUAACCCAAAAUGUUGAGUUAAAAUAACUCAUAUAAGGGGUUUGUCCUUUUCUGAACCAUUAUUUUUUAACCCAACAAUUUUUAGUGUGUAGCGUGAUUCCUUUUACAGUAAGUCGGUGUUAAAACCUCCGUAAAAUUGAAGGUAAAAUUCUGGCGACUGAGCUGUUAAAUCUACUGACACUGUAGUAUCUCUUAACAGCGCAUUACUGUAAAUUAAAAAAUAUUUUUACCAUAAAAUUCUGAUUAAAUUUGUCUUACUAUAAAAUCUACAGUACUGUCGUUUUUUGUUUUUUUUCACAGUGCAUUACUGUAAAUGGAAAAAAAUGGAACCAAUUUUUUUUACAGUUAAGUUUGGCAACUAUUUUUUUUUUUUUUUUACUGAAUAAUAUACUAUCGUUUUUUUUCAACUGUGCAUUACUGUAAAUAAAACAUCGUAUCACUGUUAUUUUCACUAUAAAAUGAGUAAUGUAAAAUCUACGGUCUUUUUUUUUUACUGUACAUUAAUGUCAAUUGAAUUUAUUUUUAGUGGUAAAAUUCUGCCAACUGAGCUGCUAUUUUUUUUUU